GAGGAGUGGGCAUCUGGGUCGCACAUGAAGACACGAGGAAAAGCUAUGAGCUAGAUCUAACAGGCCAGAGUCUCGCAUAUCCCCACAUACUUCAACUCCCUGAAGACUAGUCAGAAUGUUCUGCCCGGUGACUUCGACAUCUUUCGAAGGUCGAACGAUGCCCUUAUCUUGAAUGCCACCAUCACCUCCAGCAUCUUGAUGCGUACUUCAACCGUAACACUCUUAGCAGUUCAACGUCAACCAUGGUACAAGUAACGGACGGUCUUUUUGUAAUCUUCAUUCUGAUUUCUGGAACGAUUAUAUUCAUGAUAAAUCACCUUAACCUGAGCGGCACAAGCAUAGGCCUUCGAUCAGACGAGCUUCUUACUCUAUAUGCGAUUUUUAUCUUCUGCAUUUUACACAAUACUAAGUGUUUGAUUGCAGAUAAAGCAAGCCUAGUCGAAGACUCGCCCCCAGCAUCCUUUCUUACCUGGUCCAUGUACGUGCUCGGCCUCUGUGUAACGUCCUUGUCAGGGCGAUAUUUUCCAAUGAGCACAAUUCUGUUCAAAAUGUUACUCCAUCGUCUCCUUAUACUACAUACCAUCUUCUCAGAUGCGACCUUCUCUGAUGAGAUUAAAAUCCCGCUUUGUGGCAUCAUUUUUGUACCAGUGGUCCGUGGGAUCCCUAGGACCAUUGAUUUGGGCUUGGAAGCGGGUGCGUCAAGAGAGACGAAACGAGAGAAAAUCUUCAAGCUCAAGUUAAAUCAGCUGGACAGUACUGCUGUUGUCAAUUACUCAGUUUUCAUUGGCUUUAACAUAGCAAUGCGUCGUGCACACUCCUUUGAUGCGGACGCAUACAGAUAUAUGAGAAGUGAAAUUUGAAAUGAGAAGACCUGCCCUAUUCAUAUUCUUUUCGUUUGUGGCUCGUCAGUGUUUACGUCCGAGGACGUCUGGGCAUUCUAUCGUUGGAUGGCCGCGCUACCCGAAGUGUGCCAUUUCCAGCCAGUACAGUCAACCCCGGGAAAAUGUAAAACGAUAACCCCCCUUCCCAGUACGUCGAUUUGGGGGUUAAUUGUGGGCCAGGGUAUUAACUACUUGUAAUUGGC